AUGGAGCCCGUGCUGCAGCCAGGCAGCAGCCAGGCGCCCCACCUGCCGCUGAUUCUUAUAACCCGCGCGUGGCGUGCUUGCUCACCUGCCUUCUGCUUGCUUCCGCUUCCAGUGUGCCCCGGCAUGGACAUCCGGAACAACCUCACGAGGCUGCACGAGCUGGCCAACUGCUCCGUCAUCGAAGGACACUUGCAGAUCUUGCUGAUGUUCAAAACGAGGCCCGAGGACUUCCGAGACCUCAGUUUCCCCAAGCUCAUCAUGAUCACCGAUUACCUGCUGCUCUUCCGGGUCUACGGGCUGGAGAGCCUGAAGGACCUCUUCCCCAACCUCACGGUCAUCCGGGGCUCACGCCUCUUCUUCAACUACGCGCUGGUCGUCUUCGAGAUGGUGCAUCUGAAGGAGCUUGGCCUCUACAGCUUGAUGAACAUUACGCGAGGCUCUGUCCGCAUCGAGAAGAACAAUGAGCUGUGCUACCUGGCCACCAUCGACUGGUCGCGCAUCCUGGAUUCGGUGGAGGAUAAUUACAUCGUGUUGAACAAAGAUGACAAUGAGGAGUGUGGGGACAUUUGUCCAGGCGCUGCCAAGGGCAAGACCAGCUGCCCCGCCACUGUCAUCAACGGGCAGUUUGUCGAGCGGUGUUGGACACACAGCCAUUGCCAGAAAGUCUGUCCGACCGCCUGCAAGUCGCAUGGCUGCACCGCCGACGGGCUCUGCUGCCACAGCGAGUGCUUGGGCAACUGCUCGGAGCCCGACGACCCCACCAAGUGCGUGGCCUGUCGCAACUUCUACCUGGACGGCAGGUGCGUGGAGACCUGCCCGCCUCCCUACUACCACUUCCAGGACUGGCGCUGCGUGAGCUUCAGCUUCUGCCGGGACCUGCACGUCGAGUGCAAGAACUCCCGGAGACAGGGCUGCCACCAGUACGUCAUUCACAACAACAGGUGCAUCCCCGAGUGCCCCUCGGGGUACACGAUGAAUUCCAGCAACCUGAUGUGUACCCCGUGCCUGGGCCCGUGUCCCAAGGUCUGCCACAUCCUGGAAGGCGAGAAGACCAUCGACUCGGUGACAUCCGCCCAGGAGCUUCGAGGCUGCACCGUGGUCAACGGGAGCCUGAUCAUCAACAUUCGAGGGGGCAACAACCUGGCGGCUGAGCUGGAGGCCAACCUCGGGCUCAUCGAGGAAAUUUCCGGGUAUCUGAAGAUUCGAAGGUCCUAUGCCCUCGUGUCGCUUUCCUUUUUCCGGAAGUUACGACUGAUUCGGGGAGAGACCUUGGAAAUUGGGAACUACUCUUUCUACGCCUUGGACAACCAGAACCUGAGGCAGCUGUGGGACUGGAGCAAGCACAACCUCACCAUCACUCACGGGAAGCUCUUCUUUCACUAUAAUCCCAAACUCUGCUUGUCAGAAAUUCACAAGAUGGAGGAGGUUUCAGGAACCAAGGGGCGCCAGGAGCGGAAUGACAUUGCCCUGAAGACCAAUGGGGACCAGGCAUCUUGUGAAAAUGAACUACUUAAAUUUUCUUACAUUCGGACAUCAUACGACAAGAUCUUGCUGAAGUGGGAGCCGUACUGGCCCCCUGACUUCCGAGACCUCCUGGGCUUCAUGCUUUUCUACAAAGAGGCCCCUUAUCAGAACGUGACCGAGUUCGACGGGCAGGACGCGUGUGGCUCCAACAGCUGGACGGUGGUGGACAUCGACCCGCCGCUGAGGUCCAACGACCCCAAGGCGCAGAACCACCCGGGGUGGCUGAUGCGGGGUCUCAAGCCCUGGACCCAGUACGCCAUCUUUGUCAAGACCUUGGUGACCUUCUCUGAUGAACGCCGCACGUACGGUGCCAAGAGUGACAUCAUCUAUGUCCAGACCGAGGCCACUAACCCUUCCGUCCCCCUGGAUCCGAUCUCGGUGUCCAAUUCCUCAUCCCAGAUUAUUCUGAAGUGGAAGCCUCCCUCCGACCCCAACGGCAACAUCACCCACUACCUGGUGUUUUGGGAGAGGCAGGCGGAGGACAGCGAGCUGUAUGAGCUGGAUUAUUGCCUCAAAGGGCUGAAGCUGCCUUCCCGGACCUGGUCUCCGCCGUUCGAGUCCGAGGGCUCCCAGAAGCCCAACCAGAGCGACUACGAGGAGUCUGCUGGCGAGUGCUGCUCCUGCCCCAAGACCGACUCCCAGAUCCUGAAGGAGCUGGAGGAGUCGUCUUUCCGGAAGACGUUCGAGGACUACCUGCACAAUGUGGUUUUCGUGCCCAGGCCGUCGCGGAAGCGCAGGGCCCUUGCCGACGCCGUGAACGUGACCGCCGCCGCGCCCACGGUCCCGGGCUUCCCCAACACGUCGACCAGCGCGCCCACGAGCCCGGAGGAGCACAAGCCCUUCGAGAAGGUGGUGAACAAGGAGUCGCUGGUCAUCUCCGGCCUGCGUCACUUCACCGGCUACCGCAUCGAGCUGCAGGCUUGCAACCAGGACGCCCCGGAGGAGCGGUGCAGCGUGGCGGCCUACGUCAGCGCCAGGACCAUGCCCGAAGCCAAGGCAGAUGACAUUGUUGGCCCUGUGACCCACGAGAUCUUCGAGAACAAUGUCGUUCACCUGAUGUGGCAGGAACCUAAGGAACCCAAUGGGUUGAUUGUGCUGUAUGAAGUGAGUUACCGGCGGUACGGCGAUGAGGAGCUGCACCUGUGCGUGUCCCGCAGACACUUCGCUCUGGAGCGGGGCUGCAGGCUGCGCGGGCUGCCACCGGGGAACUACAGUGUGCGAGUUCGGGCCACCUCCCUGGCGGGCAACGGCUCCUGGACAGAAGCCACUUAUUUCUAUGUGACAGACUAUUUAGAUGUCCCAUCGAAUAUUGCAAAAAUCAUCAUCGGCCCCCUCAUCUUCGUGUUUCUCUUCAGUGUUGUGAUCGGAAGUAUUUACCUGUUCCUGAGAAAGAGGCAGCCGGAUGGGCCACUGGGGCCACUGUAUGCUUCUUCGAACCCGGAGUACCUCAGUGCCAGUGAUGUGUUUCCCUGCUCUGUGUAUGUGCCGGACGAGUGGGAGGUGCCGCGGGAGAAGGUGACCCUCCUGCGGGAGCUGGGCCAGGGCUCCUUCGGCAUGGUGUACGAGGGCCACGCCAGGGACAUCGUCAAGGGCGAGGCGGAGACCCGUGUGGCGGUGAAGACGGUCAACGAGUCUGCCAGCCUGCGGGAGAGGAUCGAGUUUCUCAACGAGGCCUCGGUCAUGAAGGGCUUCACCUGCCACCACGUGGUCCGCCUCCUGGGGGUGGUGUCCAAGGGCCAGCCCACGCUGGUGGUGAUGGAGCUGAUGGCCCACGGGGACCUCAAGAGCUACCUCCGCUCCCUGCGGCCGGAGGCUGAGAAUAACCCCGGCCGCCCUCCUCCGACCCUGCAAGAGAUGAUUCAGAUGGCGGCGGAGAUUGCCGACGGGAUGGCGUACCUCAAUGCCAAGAAGUUUGUGCACCGGGAUCUUGCCGCUCGAAAUUGCAUGGUGGCCCACGAUUUCACCGUCAAAAUUGGAGACUUCGGCAUGACCAGAGACAUCUAUGAAACGGAUUACUACCGGAAGGGAGGCAAGGGUCUGCUCCCCGUGCGGUGGAUGGCACCAGAGUCCCUGAAGGACGGGGUCUUCACCACUUCUUCUGACAUGUGGUCCUUUGGCGUGGUCCUUUGGGAAAUCACCAGCUUGGCGGAACAGCCUUACCAAGGCCUGUCUAAUGAACAGGUGCUGAAGUUUGUCAUGGACGGAGGAUUUCUGGAUCAACCCGACAAUUGUCCGGAGAGAGUCACCGACCUGAUGCACAUGUGCUGGCAGUUCAACCCCAAGAUGCGGCCCACCUUCCUGGAGAUCGUUGAUCUGCUCAAGGACGACCUGCACCCCAGCUUUCCGGAAGUUUCCUUCUUCCACAGCGAGGAGAACAAGGCGCCCGAGAGCGAGGAGCUGGAGAUGGAGUUUGAGGACAUGGAGAGCGUGCCCCUGGAUCGGGCCUCACACUCUCAGAGGGAAGAGGCGGGGGGCCGGGACGCGGGGGCCUCGCUGGGGCUCAAGCGGAACUAUGAGGAGCACAUCCCCUACACCCACAUGAACGGGGGCAAGAAGAACGGACGCAUCCUGACUCUGCCGAGGUCGAAUCCUUCCUAACAGCGCCUGUCUGGGGGGAGGGGUGCCCCACACCCCUCUGGUUCAUUCUCCUCUGGUUCGAAGGCCUCCAGAAAACUCAGGAUUCUCCUACGAAUCUGCCCCAGCGUCAGACGGAGCUCAGAGAUCAUUAUAUCCAUUGCUGUUCAUCUGUGACUUAGAACACAUUUGUUUGCUUGCCAAGUUGACUAGCUGUCAGAGACGUGAACUGUGACCCUGGAGAAUGGUUUCCUCAGCUGCUGUCCCUAACAGGCCACUGCGGUUUUAAGCCAGGAUGGUACUGUUUUUUCAAGUAGAUUGAAAGCAAGCACUUGUUUUUACAGAUCUUUUUUUUUCUUUUUUUCCUCUGGUGUCUGAGCUACUAAAGCAUAAAACUUGUUUGUGGAACAAAAAUUUCAAAGAAAGAAAGAAAAAAAGCCACCCUGUUCCAGUAGAAUUUCAGACUUUUACGGAGUGAGCUUCGGGAGGAGCCUUCUCAUCCAGGCUGAAGGAUUUUUUUUCUUUUUCACAAAAUCAGUUCCUCAAAUUGACCAAUAGCUACUGCUUUUAUACUUUCGAUAAGAAUCUGCAGUCGCAGCGUGUGGCUCACGUGUGUCCCUGUGUGUGUGUCCAGGCUAGACGUGGCUGGUGUGUGUGUGUGUGUGUGCACCCGUGUGCUCGCACGCCAAGCUGGCGCUCUGGGGGGCUGGCUCGUGAGGGUCUGCCCUUCUCAAGCUCCUGAUCCCUCCCGUCUCCUUCCUCCUCCUUUCCUGGGAGACUGUGCCCACCACAGAGUCUUCUGCCCCAAGCCUAGUCUCAGGAGUCUUUUCUCCCUUACCUUUGGUGAAAAAUGUUUUCCGGGAGCCAAGGGAGUAGUUUGGAGUGAUAGUGGAUCUUUUCAAGACCAAACAAAGCUAGGACAUAAAAGAAAAAAAAAAGAACUAAGAUGAUUAAGAGU